AUGGAAAUAUUCGGGACGUUUGGAGCUCCAAAAAUACUUCAGUCCGACAACGGAAAGGAGUUCGCCAACAGAUUGGUCAAAGAACUCGUGAACCGGUGGCCAAGCUGUCGAAUAAUGCAUGGUCGUCCUCGACACUCGCAGAGUCAAGGGUCUGUGGAAAGGGCAAAUCAGGACGUUGAGAAAAUUCUAUGUACGCAAUUGAGGGAGCAACAAUCAACAAGAUGGGCUCGAAUUCUUCCGAUUGUCCAAUCAACGUUAUCACCGGGGCAUUGGGCGAUCACCUUACGAAGCAAUGUUUGGUCGAAAAAUGCAACUUGGGUUCCUGAUCAAGAAGAUGUGGAAAUCAUCGAUUGGAGUGAAUCGAUUCGGGGCGCAAUCACAGACAAUCCAACAUUUUUUCCGGAGACAGAUGACGAAGAAGAUGCUAUUGCUAUUGCAAAAGAAAAAGAAGGAGAUUUUGUUCAACGCGACAAAGAAAUUUGGCAUCAUCGCAAUGGAGCGGCUCUUCAACAACAGAAACAGGCCGAAAAUAUGCUCGAAAAAUCUAAAAACAGAUUUGGUGCUGUUGAGGUCGGACAAACUGUUCGUUUGCCAAUCGAUGCAGUGGAUCGUCCGAAAAUCGACCAUUCAACGCUCUUCGGUGUCGUCAUGGAAGAAAACCAGGGAUUCUAUCAAAUCGGCACCACCAACGGUAUUCUACAGCAAAAACUGACAAGGAAUCAAUUUGAGCCCGCCAAUAAUAACUUCCUUUCGUUCAAAGAAGUGCCACAAGUUGAAUCAACUUUUCGAGCCGCAGUAGGAUCACAAUCGCUGACUGGGACUCAAGCCGAUGCCACAAGAGCAACACCUGCAAGAAUAAGUGCUUUCUCUACAAUUGAGGAAAAUGAAACACUCGGUGGUGGACCUGUCCCCGAGAAGGAGGAAUCUGAAGCGGUCAAAUUUUGGUUCUCCUGGAACGCAGUUUUGUUUGGUCAUGGGUCUUCAGAA